AUGUUGAAGCCUUCAGUCUCCUUCAUGGAGAAAGCGCAGCCCCUCAGGAGGAGGGUUGCGGAAAAGGUCGAGUGGGUGAAGGCUCAUGCACCAGAGCUUGUCAAGUCGCGAGCUUUUCGAAAGACAACGACUAUUAUUGCUGCGUUUACCUUGGCUGUGUCGCUCAUCUUUCUUACGGGAAAGUACACCAACGCUGGCUGGUUCAUACCAAAGGUUAUCCAAAAGAUUGGACGGUAUCCGACGUGUGAGAGUAAGGGUGUCAAUGGAACAAGAGAGAUUUGGGAUGUGUCGAGACACAAAUACGAAAACCUGCGCGAUGACAAGUUUACCAUCGCCAUGCAAACAUACCAACGCCCAAAGGAACUUGAAGAGACUCUCAGCAUCAUCCUAAGCGAGGAGGUACCUUCACUUCUCGAGAUAGUCAUCGUCUGGAACGACCUCGAAAACUACCCUCCGCAAGAUUUCGUUUCCAAGUACGGCGUCCCUGUUCGAUACCGAAAGUCGAAGCGCAACAGUCUCAACGAAAAGCUCUGGCCUGAUCCCGAGUACAAGACACAGGCGAUCCUACUCUCAGACGAUGACGUGUACUACCGCCCCAACGAUCUCGAGUUUGUCUUUCAGACAUGGCGCAAGUUCGGCAGGAAUCGAAUGGUUGGCGCUCUCGCUCGAUGUACACCCGUGGACACGUUUGGAUACCAUCAUUAUACCUUUUGUUCCAGUAAGAAGGGCCAGGAUGACUAUAAUAUGGUUCUGACGAAUCUUGCCUUUUCGCAUAUCUCGUUCCUCGACUAUUACUCAUCCAACGAUACUGUCAUGACGCAAAUCAGGGAAUAUGUUGAUGAGGGCUUCAAUUGCGAGGAUCUUGCGCUGAACUAUGUCCACGGACUACUCACUGGCGAGGGACCUCUUCUCAUUAAUGGACACGAAAAGUAUUACAACUUUGUUCCCAAAGUGGGAAUUAGCAUGAAGAAGGGCCAUAUUGAGGCGCGAAGCGCUUGUCUCAAUUACUUUUCCAAACUGUUUGGAUGUCACCCCUUGGUUGACGAGACAGGAUACAUCCAACGUGGUGUUCUAGUGAUGUGA